CGCCCUUUCGCCAACCCCCGUUUGGGCAGGCAGGCAGGCGUUUAACGUGGGAGUAUAUAUAUCGGCUUGCAUAAGGCAAACCCUCAGUUCAGGAGCGUAUUCCGCAAGGAAGAAUGGUCGCAGGAGUGCCCUCGGCAGCCGCCGGGUACGAGCCACCCGCUUGGCACAAAAUAGUGGGCAUUACGCUUGCGCUCCUUUCGUCCGCCUUCAUUGGAGGGAGCUUUGUUUUCAAGAAGAAGGGUCUACUGAGCAGCAAUAACACAAACGGGACCAAACCGGGAGAAGGACACGCAUAUCUGAAGAACCCGCAAUGGUGGGUCGGAAUGAUAAUGAUGCUCUUUGGAGAAGUUUUCAACAUGAUAGCAUAUGCAUUCGUGCCCGCCAUCCUAGUCACACCCCUCGGAGCGCUGUCGGUCGUGAUUAGCACCGUUCUUUCUGCCGUCAUUCUCAAAGAGCACCUGUCGUACUCGGCGAAAGUCGGUUGCGCACAGUGUUUGCUGGGUGCGAUUCUGAUUGUUGUCAAUAACGGCGAGGUGAAGAGUACGACGACGACGAUGGACUCAUUCGUGGAGAGGGUCGCUACUCCUGCUUUUCUCGUAUGGGCUGCCAUCAACGUCGUCGUCGUUCUCUUCCUUAUCUUUUGGUGCAUGCCACGCUGGGGUCGCAAGCACGCCAUUGUUCCCAUUGCCACCUGCUCACUAGUCGGCGCCUUUGUCGUCCUUGCCACGCAAGGGUUUGGUUCAGCCGUCGUCUACACCCUCUCCGUACCCUCCGAACCAUCCCAGUUUAAGGACUGGCGCCUUUAUAUCCUACUGGGCUUCAUUUUACUGUCGUGUGCGAUGCAGAUUCAUUUUCUGAAUUUCACGCUGAACGUGUUUUCGGCUGCGGUCACGACGCCGAUCUACUAUGUAUGUUUCACGGCGGCAACGAUUGUGGCGAGCGCGAUUUUGUUCAACGCCUUUUCACUGGAGAGCGUGGCUAGCGGGACUAGCAUCGUGGUCGGAUUCCUCGUCAUUGUCGGAGGAGUAAGUCUCCUUUUCGCUUUCUCUCGCGCAGAGCGCCGACGGUUCCUCGCCGACCCAUCCGCCAACACCAGCCACUUGUCCGACUUACCCCGUAUGGACGAAAACGGCAAACCGGAGAUCAACGACCUCCGAGACGCCGCCGAAUACGACGUCUUCCAAGGCAGCCUGAACCGAAGCGCUGCCACAACAGGCAUAUCGGGCCUGUCGUCGGGUUUAGCAGGGACGUCCUUAUCGUUACCAUGCCCGCGGACCACGGACAUCUUAGUAGACGAUGGAGAUGGGGAGAUAUGGUGCAAUGUCGCGAGACACUCAAAGACGAUGGAUGGGAGGACGAGUAGAGCGUUGGGCCAUCACAACGACGACGUAUUGACGCACGAAGAAAACGAGAAUGAAAAGGAGAACGGGUGGAGUUUGGGCAGCAGAUCGAGCGGAAGGCGGAAAACGAUGGGGCAUGCGCCUAGAAGAGGAUUAUUAUCCGCCGCGCGUAAUAACCUGGGUGCUGGUGCCUCGGCCGACACCCUAGCGACUACAGCCACGGGUGCAUCAAGUUCGAGCCGCUCUAACGGGCGAAGAGAUCGGGGAUCGGUGCAGGAGCUCUUGCCGCUGGGUGUCCUGUCGCCGGAUACGGCAUCAUGGAUGAGGGAGGCAAGGAUAUCUGAAGAGGUGUGAUUGAAGUCACCCGUGGUCGUUGACAGAGAUAUACCUCAUGGGAACGGUUUUUUGGACCGACGGCGUGUUGGGAACUUAAGUGCGGAUUUAUUUGACAUCUGCGUAAGGUUCCGCGUAAAGAUCACCUUUUUGUCUCUCAUUUGAUGUACAUAUGGUUGGGGUUAGGAUAGGCGUCGAUCGGCGUAUUGGCCUCGUGUAGCUUUUUCGGCUAUAACUUAAUAUGGAUUACCCUGGAAUAUUUCGUAUCACAACUGCUCGUUCAUAUGGUUUGCGUGUCUGCUUUUCUCCUUCGUGGUGAAAAAGUCUGUCAUCCCAUCACUUUUACGGCCGCCGAUA